GGGGAUGUAUAAAGGCUGGUAUGAGGCUUUGGAAGACACAACUGGUUGAACAUCAUGAAGACCCUUCUACUGCUCUGUGUUUUUGGCUUUGCAGCUGCAACCCCAUUCGAUGACGAUGAUAAGAUAGUAGGCGGAUACACCUGCCAAGUGCCAUACCAGGUCUCUUUGAAUUCCGGGUACCACUUUUGCGGAGGAUCCCUGAUUAAUGAACAGUGGGUUGUAUCUGCUGCUCACUGCUACAAGUCACGCAUUGAAGUCAGAAUUGGAGAAUAUGAUAUCAGAGCCACAGAUGGAACAGAACAGUUCAUUCAGUCGGCAAAAAUCAUCCGUCAUCCAAAGUACAACGCUUACACAAUUGACAACGACAUCAUGUUGAUUAAGCUGUCUGAGCCAGCCCAGCUUAGUGGAGUAGUUCAGUCCAUCCCUCUCCCAUCUCAAUGUGCACCUGAUGGUACCAUGUGUCUGGUUUCUGGCUGGGGGAACACCAUGAACACCGCAUCCAACCCUGAUCUUCUGCAGUGUGUUGAUGUCCCAGUUGUGCCUGCUGAAGACUGCUCGAAGUCCUAUCCAGGGCAAAUUACAGAGAACAUGAUUUGCUUGGGCUUCCCAGAGGGCGGAAAAGACUCUUGCCAGGGUGACUCCGGUGGACCAGUGGCUGUCAAUGGAGAGCUCCAAGGUGUUGUGUCUUGGGGAAGAGGCUGCGCUCUGCCCAAUUAUCCUGGAGUUUACACCAAAGUCUGUAAUUUCAUCUCCUGGAUUGAGGAUACCAUUGCCAACAACUAAUUUCUGAUGUCAUCAUACUUUCCAAGAUUUCCACCUACAAAAUCUGAACACCGCAAAACCCCUGUCCAUCCACAGCUGUGCCCAGCAUUGUCCAUGGCUGCAACAAGGUUUAUUCUUCCACCUUCUUUGAGAGCUAUACAUUGAGACCUUUUCACACAAUAUCAUGGUUGUUGUAUAUGUUGUCAUCACGUGAUGGGCUGUGCAAUGGGAAAGUAUGAAAUAAAAUUUUCAUUUAGCACUUAAA